GACACAGCAACAUCAGCCGCCAGUGCAGAUUAGGGUCUGGUCUGGUCGCAUCCUUCGAUGCUCCCCUGCUAACGCGGCGGUGUGAAAUAGUCGACGAUGGAGGGCGCUUACUAGUAAGAGGAGGUGUUUUCUCGAGAUGAUGGCAUUGACAAAGCAGGACACAUCCACAGUCCUCUAUAGCGGGGCUUUCUAGGUCUCUCGCUGUCCUCCCCCCGCUCUCCCUAAGACGACAUUCUUUUUAUUCGAUAUAAGGAGCGAAACGAGUAUCGCAUGGCGACGGCACACGACGAGGAGAAUCGCGCAUUGAAAGAGGCGCUUCUGCGUCGCAUGCGACCAGGCGAGCCCGCUGCGACCGUCGAUGUCUUCGUCGCAGAGUUCGAUGGCGUGCGAUACCUACUUAAAGACGAGGACUCCUCCACUAUUCUUCUCUCAGUCCACCUUCCCCAACAUACCGCCGCAACGAGCUCCGCUGAUCCCGCAGAAGUAGCCGCCGCCGCAGCGGCGGUUAUCCCCCCCGAGCUAGCGACCAGUGACGGGCUGCCAAGUGGCGCGAUGGACGCCGUAAACGCGGCGUACCGUCAGAUCGCGACGGUGCUGACGCCGCCGUCCAGCAACUACCAUUUGACGCUAAUGGUCGAUCUUAAGAAGCUCCCCGAGGAGCAGCAAGCGCGCGCCGCCAUCGCGGCGAAACUAGCCGCGGUGCGGUCAGUCGUCAUGGGCGCGCCGCUGCGCGCCAUGCUGACCGCGCUGGCGGAAGGCGGAGCGGGGGGGCAAGCGAAGGGCGCAGGGGGGGAGGGCGCGGAGGAAGAAGGCGCGGGGAGCGCGAUGAAGGCUAUAGUGCACCGGCCCGGGGAGGUGUUCUUCGCGUCGCUGUCCAGCAAAGGCGAUCGCGUUAAGAUCAUCUUCCCCGUGCACUUCCAUGACCCCAGUGAUGCUAUUCUCGCUGCCGCCUUCCUUCAGGAGCUAGCAGAAGCGCGGAAGGGCGGCGGGCUGUCGUGGGCGCCGGAGUGCGCCUUCUCGCGCACACUGCCCGCGGAUCUAGACGGCGCGCCCGCGCAGUACCUGACGGCGAACGUGGGGUUCGUGACGAUGGAGGUGGGGAAGCGCCACGUGGAGGGGCCGCGCGCGGAGCGCGUGGCGUGGCACGUGUGCAGCUUCCACUCAUUCGUGGCGCACCACGUGCGCCGCGCCAAGGGCCUCAUGCACACGCGCAUGCGCCGCCGGGGGGACGCGCUCAACCAGAUGCUACACCCAGAGCUCCAGCAGCAGCAGCAACAGCAGGCAGCAGGCGCGUCUCCGGGCCAAUCGCCCCUUCCAGGGCAAGACAAGGCCCCCCUGCGCGCCCUGCAGCACCUGCGCCUGCGAUAAACACACCCUGCAAUCCACUCUUCCUCCAUCACCCCCUCCUACCAUGUCCCUUGCUCUCACACCCCUCCCCUAUCUCUCCCUUGCGUGCACUCCCUCACUCGCUCUGCUCUCCCUAUCUUGCUCCUUUUAUAACCUCCACUCUGCCCUGUCCCAUCACCUACACACGUCCUUCUGCACCAGCAGACACACACAGAUUAGAUUCAGUUCAGAGAUCCAUGAUUCCAUGCCCAUCCAUAUGCACUCCAGUGGCUUACCUACCGGCAGGCAGUACUAGUACCAUCAUCUUAGAGGGCAUGAAAGCAGGUGAAGCUGGAGGGAGGGAGUAUAUUAUGGCUUGCUUGUGCAGCGAACAACUGUUGGGCAAGCAGCUUUUCGGCAGGAUUUAAUGGUGUGGAUAGGGCUCUACCUAGGAUAGUAGUCAGUCAGUCAGGGCACUUGUUAGUGAUUAAGCUUCACCCUGGACUUUUGGAAGAGAAAUAUGCUACUGGCCUUCUGCUCUGUUUCGGGUGCUGCUGUAUGCACGGCAGCUCACUUAAUGGCAGGCUAGAGUUCCUUUCCUUGCCUCUGGUUGCCUGACGCCAAGCUGGGGAUUUUUUCUGUCAUGAGCGUAACACUGAGGACCCCUG